AGAGAGAGAGAGAGAGAGAAAUGCAACAAAGCAAAUAGAUAGUAGUGUUAAUGUUUGGCUCAAACCCUGUAGCCCGCAGCGCUGAAGUAUAAAGUUAAUGACGCAAGGCUUCGACUGUUCUCACACGGCGGCCUGUUGACAGGAGUUUGCUGGCGUCUUUCGAGCUAAAUCCGUUUGCUGAAAAAUGAGAAUUUCUAAAGCCUUCAAAAGGAACGCCGCUUAACUCUGCACCUCCCCACCUCCAGAAACCCGCGGCCCUGGCGGACUGACGGUUCUUAGCCUCGGAGGAAUCGCGUCCGAGUUACGUGUCCGAGUUCCUACUGCGCCGGAUCUGGGAUGAUUAAAUGUUUCUCCUUAAGGAAGUGGCCGUUCGCUUUUGAAGAGGACAGUGCGGCGGAUCAGUACCCAGGACAGCGGUUGGCGGCAGUCUGCCACUGGCCCUUGCGGCGGAGUUAAAGUUAAAGGUCACGGCAGUUUGUGUGUUAAUAUCGGAACAGAACCAUUUGACUGGUUGCUGGUGAGCGGCGCAUUUCCGAGAUAUCUCUCUCUCUCUCUCUCUCUCUGUCUCUCUGUCUCUCUCUCUCUCUCUCUCUCUCUCUCUCUCUCUCUCUCUCUCUCUCUCUCUCUUUCUCUCUUUCUCUCUCUCUCUCUCCUCUCUCUUUCUCUCUCCCUCUCUCCCCCCCUCUCUCUCCCCCUCUCUCCCUCUCUCUUUCUUUCUCUCUCUCUCCCUCUUUCUCUCCCUCCUCUCACACUCACUCCUCUCACAACUCAUCCACAAGAUGAGCUGUCACCAGCUGCGGUCGGACACUAGCUCAGAGAACUGAAGCCAACGCUUUCAUAAGACACCUUCAUGCCCACGCACAUCCACGGAUAUAUACGGAUGCCAUGGUCAGUUCUGUUACGAUUUUACAGGUGAACAAAGUAAUGUCUGUCCUGUUUUACGGCAUGCUUCUCACUUGUCUCGGUGGCAUCCAGUCUACUGCCAUGGACAAGGAAAGUUCUUCCGAGGACUCCGUGAGCUCUCUCAUCAUCAAGAUCCUCCAGGCGGACAUUCUGAAAGGAAGACUUUCCAAGGAGAGCGAGGGGAUGGAGGAGAAGGACCAGGACUCCCGGGCAAAGAGUGACGCUGAGAGGAACGCGGGCUCCUUGGGAAAUACAAUCUCUGACUUCCAGACGCUGGGCUCGGUCAGCGCUGAACUGCUAAAGCAGAAGAAACGCUACCACUCGCCCCGAGUGCUGCUCAGCGACCGCCCGCCUUUGCAGCCCCCGCCACUCUAUUUAAUCGAGGAUUUCGCGGGCGCCGCCGAGCUGGCCAACCGAACAGCCAGGAGGAAACGGUACUUGGACCGCCGGGGUCACCGUGGCGAGUACUCGGUGUGUGACAGCGAGAGCCGCUGGGUGACGGACAAGACGGCGGCGAUCGACAUUCGGGGCAGGCAAGUGACUGUGCUGGAGGAGAUUAAAACCGGCAAUUCUGCCAUAAAACAAUAUUUUUACGAGACGCGAUGCAAAGAAGCCAAACCGGGCAAGAACGGCUGCAGAGGCAUCGACGAGAAGCACUGGAAUUCCCAAUGCAAAACCAGUCAGACGUAUGUCAGGGCACUGAGCAAAGAGAACAAUAAGUAUGUGGCGUGGAGGUGGAUCAGAAUAGACACCUCUUGCCUCUGCGCAUUGUCCAGAAAACUGGGCAAAUCGUGAGUCCUCCACUCCCUCUCUCACCCUUCCCUCUUACUGUGUAAAUAUAUAAAUUAUUACUUUAAAUUAUAUGACUCUGCAUGCAGCAUAUGAAUGUUUAUAUUAUAGUAUAGUUCACAGUUCUUAUUUAUUAAAUAAAACAUCCGAUGCAGAAAGCUUCUUCCAACUGGCCAAAUCAAUAUUUCUAAGUUGUGCCUUGCUUUGGUGUCUGGCGCGAGCCUUGGCCCG